CGAAUACCCAAACAGCUUAAAAGAUUGGGAAGCUCAAUUCGGGCAACAGGGGAAGAGAGAAAGUUGUGAAAGGAGGAACGAGGAAUCGAUCGAGAAAGAGAUCAUGGUGAGAUUCUCGUUGGAGGAGGAGGGGAAUCCCGUCGGAAAGAAGAGGAUCAGAGGAGGAGGGUGUGGAGAAAACGUCUGUGGUAGCGCAAGCACGAAGAAGGAUAAGAAGAGGCGAGAUGAAGGCGAAGCGGUACGAGAACGAGAUGAGGAAGGGGAUAUGCGCGUUGAAGCGGAGGAGGAGGAAGAAGAAGAAGAAGAAGAAGAAGAAGAAAAAGGUGGGGUUGAAGUGGAUGAAGGAGUGAUAGGGGAAGAAAGAGGGCAAUCUUCUGGAGAUGGCAACGUCUGCGUUCGGAUGGAUCCCGACAUUCUUGAUUGUUCCAUCUGCUAUGAGCCCCUGCGGCCGCCAAUUUUUCAGUGCCAAAGUGGGCAUGUGGCCUGCUCCUCUUGCUGCUCCAAGCUCUUAAACAAAUGCCACCUCUGCUCUCAGUCCAUUGGCUACAACCGUUGUCUUAUACUUGAAAAGGUCAUAGAGUCCAUCAAAAUCACCUGCUCGUAUGCCAAAUAUGGGUGCAGAAAAGCCAUGUCUUACGCAGACAAAGAUGCCCAUGAAGAAACAUGCAUCUAUGCUCCAUGUUCCUGCCCUGUUCCAACUUGCAGUUUCUGUGGAUCCAGAGAAAUGUUGUCUGCUCACUUUAUUAACACACACACCUUCUUCUGCGAAAGAUUCAGCUAUAACCAGAUCUUCAAGGUUGAGUUCCACAAGACGGAUCCAUUUCGAGCCUUAUAUGGAAAGGAUGGCCAUCUAUUUCUCCUCCUCAACAACAGUGUUGCAAAUGUGGGUAAUGCUCUUUCUAUGGCCUGCUUCAGGCCUAGAUCUCUCAAGCACGAGUUCUCGUAUGAGCUUACUACAGACGAGCACAACUCGAGCAGCCUGCAGUUAAAGUCGUCAAUCACAGAGUGGAAGGCGGUUUACCCUAUGAAGGUUUUUCUUUUGGUUCCCCCCCAUUUAUGUACCCCCGUUGGGAAGAUCGUCCUAAAUGUUUGUAUAAGAAAGAUCAAGAGAGCUUCUAUCAAGUAAUCACAUUUUC